CUGCUGGGCGGUGGUUUGCGCCGCAUUUCGAAUCGAAAAACUCAAACCCCUCCCUUUUCCUCGUCUUCAUUCACCGCCGAACCCCCAACCCGAUCGAUUGCAACAUUCCCCCGCCGUCUAGGGUUUCGGUUCGAGGCUCCGAGCCCUCCCUCCCAAUGGCCAAGGUCAAGCGGUCGACUCCAGUGACCGCGCCCGCGCCCGCGCCCUUGGAGCCGGGGGUUACAGCCGCCAAGGCCAAGAAGUCGGUGUACGCCGACGCAAAGAGCCCCGCGGCGGCGGCGCCUCUGAUUGUGAUCGAAAUCUCGUCGUCACCUGACCGUUCCACGGGCUGCAGCCGCUCGACGAAGAAGGCGCGGAAGAGGCCCGCGCCGCGGACGCUCGACCUCGACGACGAGAUCGAGAUGUGGACCCCGCGGCAGAAGCAGGGCCACGACGAGGACUGCCAGAUCCUCGCCGGAAACCCCUUCUCCUCCACCACCGAGGUGGCCCCCUCCCCCACCGCCGCCAGCGACGAAAUCUCGGUCGUUGCAGAGCGAGGAAAGAUUGCGUGCAGAGAUUUCCCACAUCCGAGGUCUGCUUGUGCAAAGCACCCAUUUAGUAGAACCCCUCAUGAACGCUAUUGUGACAAGUGUUUCUGCUAUGUUUGCGACGUUGCUGCCCCAUGUGUGUCCUGGAAGGGGCAUGGAGGGCACUGCCACGCUUCGGACAGGGACAACAAGUGGAAUUCUUUGAGGUUCUUGACGCGAAAGGCAAUGAAUGCAAAGCCUAGUUGAUUUUGCCCCCUAUGCUAGAUCGGGCAAUCGACAUUUUUGCAAUCUCAGCCUGUUCUGAUGGGAAGGUUAUUGUGGAGUAGCUCGUAAAUAUGGUUAGUGCUGGUGAUAGAUCUCAUCCCAGGAUUUGAUGCAUGCAUCUGUGUACUUCCUAUCACAAACUGAAUGAUGCUCCUAUAGUCCUAUAUAAUAUAACCUUCUAUGGAGCACUAGCAUCAGUCUUGUACUCUUGCGUUC